AUGACAGUCGCUGCCAGUCUGACUGGCGGUGACGAUAAAGUCAAGCAACUCCAGGAUGACACGCAAGAUGGUCACAAGGACACCCCACUCAAGUCCUACUUUGGCGUAUCUCAAGCCGACACCGAUGACUCUCUCAAAGCAGGCGCUCGCGGCCCUACCCUCCUCGAAGAUAUCCACUUCCGCGAGAAGGUUUCCCACUUCGAUCACGAGCGUAUUCCCGAACGUGUGGUACACGCGCGUGGUACAGGUGCUCAUGGCUACUUUACCCUUCAUACUGCCAUUCCGGAAUACACCUACGCCUCACUCUUCAACGAUACUACGCGUACUACAUCUACCUUUGUUCGAUUCUCCACCGUUCAAGGAGCGCGCGGAUCGGCGGACACUGUACGUGAUGUUCGUGGAUUCGCAACAAGAUUCUACACUCCAGAGGGAAAUUACGAUAUUGUUGGGAAUAACAUCCCCGUGUUCUUCAUUCAAGAUGCAAUCAAGUUUCCCGACGUCAUUCACGCAGUCAAACCGGAGCCACAUAAUGAAAUCCCUCAGGGAGCAACGGCUCAUGACAACGCGUGGGAUUUCUUUUCCCUUGCCCCAGAAACGGCGCACAUGGUCAUGUGGACAUUCUCCGAUCGUUCGAUUCCCCGAUCCUUCCGUCAUAUGCCGGGUUUCGGUGUCCACACAUUUGUAUUUGUGAACGCCAAAGGGGAACGUCACUUUGUCAAAUUCCACUGGAAACCCAAACUGGGCACGCACUCCCUUGUUUGGGAUGAGGCCCUUAAACUGGCAGGUCAAGAUCCAGAUUUCCAUCGUCGAGAUCUAUAUGAUUCUAUCGAUGCCGGUGCUUAUCCUCAAUGGGAAUUUGGAAUUCAAGUCGUUCCGGAAAACGAUGCCGAUAAGUUUGAAUUUGAUUUGUUGGAUGCGACCAAGUUCAUUCCGGAGGAUAUUUUGCCGGUGAAAUAUAUCGGGACGCUGACGCUCAAUAAGAAGCCGGAAGAGUUCUUCCCUGAGGUCGAGCAAGUUGCUUUCUGCACUCAACAUAUGAUUCCUGGUGUCGAGCACUCCAAUGACCCACUCCUUCAAGGGCGUGCUUUCUCUUACUUUGACACCCAACUCUCGCGACUUGGUGGUCCCAACUUUGGUGAUAUCCCUAUCAACCGUCCUAUUUGUCCCGUGUUUAACUUCCAGAGGGGUGGGCAGCAUCGCAGGAUCAUCACAACAGGUCACAUCAAUUAUUAUCCUAAUCGCGAUGCGAACAAUGGGGCACAUCCUGUUCCACCAGAUGAAGGAGGGUACCUUGUGUCAGGACAACCUAUCGAGUCUCAUGCGCACAAAACUCGCGCAAGAGGUCCGAAAUUCGCGGAGCAUUGGGACCAAGCUACACUUUUCUAUAAUUCGCUCUCUACUGUUGAAAAGCAACACCUUGUUGCUACGAUCGGAUUUGAGCUUGGAAAGGUGGAGGAUAUCCGGGUUCAUAAGAACGUCAUUGCCUACUUGAACAACAUUGACAAUGACCUCGCUCGUAAAGUCGCUGUGCAAAUUUCCAUUCCCCCUCCCGAUCCGGUCAAAACGAAUCAUGGGCACCGUUCCGAUUACCUCUCAUUGCUCUCACCGCGCAACACUUUCUCCGCCUCGGGCCGCAAGAUUGGAAUUUAUGUCCUCGAUGGCUUCUCACCUGCUGUUGUGAUUAGGCUUCAGGCGGAAAUCCUAGCCAUCGGUUCCGUUCCCGUCAUCGUUGGACCCCGUGUGGGACUAGUGAAAAGUGAAGCGGCGAUCGGCUCAACUGAAAUUACGAAGAUCGAUUUCCAUGCUCAAUCCAGCUUCGAAACUUCUCGCUCCACACAUUGGGACGCAGCGUUCUUCGCAAGCGGAUCUACUCCCGAAUAUGCUCAAGCGCUCGCGAAAUCUGGCCGACUGAUCUAUGCAGCUCGUGAAGCGUAUGCGCAUCAGAAGCCUAUCGGUGUUGUUGGGAUUGCAGUCGAUUGGCUGGAAAAUGUCGUUCUUCCUGGAGAGUUGGUCCGGGAAGUCAAAGGGGAGGAAGUCAGUGUUGUACAUGGCGUGGUUUUGAGCGAACAUGUGACGGAGGUGGUUGUGGGUGAAUUUGUGGACGCUUUCUUGAAAGAGGUGGCGAAGCAUAGGGCUUGGGAUAGGGACGUUUCUCAUAUUGCUGCGUAG